AUGGACAAAGAAGAAUACAAUAGUGAUGAUGCUCAGCUGGCCCAGAUGGGCCAUAAGUCUGAGCUGAAGCGAAACUUCUCGCUGAUCUCAAUGCUGGGUCUUGCUUUUGCCAUUCUAAAUUCGUGGACCGCUUUGUCGGCAAGUCUGGGGCUCAGUUUGCCCUCGGGAGGCAGCGUUAGUAUCGUCUGGGAGCUGACACGAGUCUCGACAGGUCUUAUUACGGCAGGAAUCUGUAAUUUGUGCAUGGCCACUUCUCUAGCUGAGUUCCUUUCUGCAUACCCCACCGCCGGUGGCCAGUAUCAUUGGGUCGCUGUGACUUCAUGGAGCAAAUGGAUGCCAAUUCUUUCCUGGAUUACGGGCUGGAUCAACUGCUCUGGCUGGGUUGCGCUGGUCGCGACUGCUGGUCUUUUGGGCAGUGAGCUCAUCCAGGGUGUGAUCUCUCUCAUGAACCCGAGCUACAACCCCCAGCGCUGGCACCAAUUCCUAAUCUACUUUGCCUACAACAUCGUUGCCUUCCUCAUUAACGCCUUUAUGAACGAUAUCAUGCCUUAUGUCACCAAGGGCGCUUUCAUCUGGUCUCUGACAGGAUUUGCCGUCAUUUGCAUCACCGUACUUUCAUGUGCUUCGCCAAACUAUAACUCCGGAGAAUUUGUCUUCACCGAUUUCAUCAACAAAACAGGAUGGCCUGAUGGAGUGGCGUGGUUGCUCGGGCUUCUGCAAGGCGGUCUUGGUGUCACAGGCUUUGAUGGCGUCGCCCACAUGAUUGAAGAAAUUCCCAACCCCUCGGUCGAGGGACCCAAGAUCAUGAUUGCUUGCGUCGGUAUCGGCACUGUCACUGGAGCAAUCUUCCUUGUUGUGCUGCUUUUCGUGGCUGGCGAUAUCAACAAAAUCAUUGAUUCUGCAGCAACUCCGCUCCUUGCGAUCUUGAAGAAUGCCACUUCAAGCAAUGCAGGCGCGAUCUGUCUCUUGAUUCGCAUGGUGUAUGCCUUCGCACGUGAUGGCGGCCUCCCUGCGUCUCCGUUCUUCUCUCGAGUUCACCCCACGCUAAAUGUCCCCUUGAACUCGCUUUAUCUCAAUCUGGCUCUCGUGACUAUCUUCGGUUGUAUCUUCUUGGGCUCAUCCAGUGCUUUCAGUGCUAUUGUCUCAGCGUCAGUGGUGCUGCUUGGUAUCUCAUAUGGAAUGCCAAUUGCAGUAAACUGCUGUCGAGGAAGAAGAAUGCUACCGGAGCGCUCAUUCGUCCUGCCAGAAAUUCUCGGCUGGACCCUCAACAUCGUUUCGUUGAUCUAUAUCGCCCUGACUACUGUCCUCUUUCUCUUCCCCCCUGAGCUACCUGCCACUGGUAGCAACAUGAAUUACUGUGUUGCGGCAUUUGGUAUUGUUUUUGUCAUCUCCGUCAUCCAGUGGUUUGUAGAUGGACGGAAGAAUUUCGUCGGGCCCCGUAUCCAAGUGGAAGUCUUCAAUGGAGAGGUUGGUGCUCAGCCAGAGCAGCCGAUUCCAGUGGUUGAACAGCAUAAGGAUUAG